AAACGGAAGUGUCCAGCGUGAAUGAAAAUUACCAUGCAAAAAGACAUCUUUAUUCUAGCGAUCAUCCUGAGCUGCUGUGCAAUUGCCGCUGGCAAAACACAGCACCAGCUUGAUAACGAUGAACUGUGGGAUCGCUUGCUGAAACGAAAACUACACGAAACCAAAACAAACGUCCACAGCGAAGGCACCGCCGCAUCCGCUGAUGGAAUCAUCGAACCGAUGGCACUCCGCGGCGAUCAGCAACCACCGGACGACGGCGACGACGACGUCGAUGGAGCUGAUGGUGUCGAUUUGAUCAGUAGUAUCAGCUACAACCACGCUGACAGUGAGUCCAUUGAUGCUGCCAGUGCGGAACUGCCUGAUAAGCAGGAUCAAUUGCUCACGCCCGCUGGACGUACACCGACAAAGGUCGACUUCCCAUCGGCCGACACUCCCCAUACCGUUGAUAGUGGUGGUUUGGUGGAAGUGGCCGAUGACGUCGAAGCUCCCGCAGCAAUCGAUCCGGACCUCGUCAAUGUCGAUGACGUACUCGAAGGAAGCGGUGAGAAUUUGCUCCCACAGGCUGAUGACCCAUUGCUAUUUGAUAAGGAAAUUGUGAACAUACUGCGAAAGCGUCCCGAGUCACGUGAGAUUUUGGAACUGUUUGGACUGGGGGGUAUAAAGACCCCAAAGAACGACACGGAUCCGAACGAUCCAGAAGUGAUCAAGGAGCGGCUUAGGAAUAGUAUUACGCUUCCACUGGACAAAAGGCAAUACUAUCAAGCCCUACCAACGAUUGCUGAGAAUGAAGAGCAGAGGAUCCAUGCUGAGCCGGCAUCACUUCUAGCUGAUGGACGUUCUUUACCCCAGCUAUCGAAUGUCCUGCUGCCGGAUCUAAAUCAAACGCUCGUCAAACAUCGCGAAUCUUUACUACCUCCGAAGGAUGGACAACGAAGUUUGGUGAUCGUGUUCGAUGCUACUGGUUCUAUGCUGGAUGAUCUACAGCAGCUUCGGGAUGCUGCUAGACUCAUAAUAGCUGAAAUCACGCAGCGCGACAGCAAUCCUAUCUUCAACUACAUCUUCGUACCGUUCCGUGAUCCACACGUUGGCCCUCGACUGGUAACACGCAACAAGGACGAACUGCUGGACGCACUCGAUAAGCUACAGAUCAUCGGUGGAGGCGAUUGUCCCGAGGCAGCACUGGAAGCGAUCUCCAGUGCAAUCGAAGUGGCCAUGCCGAAUUCGUUCGUGUACGUGUUCACCGAUGCCACGGCGAAAGAUUUCCGACUCGAUCAGCGCGUGCUGCAGCUUGUACAAAAGAAGCAAACUCCAAUCACGUUCCUGCUAACAGGGUUCUGCGACGGCAAAGCUAGUCCAGGCUACCAGGUAAUGAACAACAUCGCGGCCGCCAGUAACGGGCAAGUGUUUGAUCUGCGCAAGGAUCAGAUCGAGGAAGUGCUGCUAGCCAUACGCAGCACAAUGGACAUCGAUCACGUGCCACUAAAAGCGAUCGAUUCCUCCCUCCCGAAGCAGCACGAUAUCGAUCUCAACGUGGACAGUACGCUGCGAGAGUUUAGUGUGAGUGUUGCCGGUGUAAAGCCAACGAUCGAGAUAUUCGAUCCACAGCACGAACCGUACAACGGAACGCGGGACGUGCUUAAUCUGGAAAACAUACGCGUGGUAAAUGUUGCCGAUCCGAGUCCCGGCAGGUGGAACAUUAAAGCGGCGUCCAAUUCUUCCCACUCCGUGCUGCUUUCCGGGUUGAGUGAAGUUCUUUUUAAGUUUGGUUUUUCUCUGCUCGAACCACAAGAUACAGUGAGCCUCUCGCACCAGCCAGUCCUUAAGAAGGCGAACUAUCUAGCUAUCGAACCGACGGAUCCGCAACUGAUCAAGACUCUCGAUUCCGUCACGAUCGUGUCGCACAAUGUCGGUACACCGGGUGGUGCAAAGUUUAAUUUUACACUGCCACUGAAGCUAGUGCCUGGCACCACUGCACUCUACCGUACCGAUGCAUUUGAUGUACCGCGCCAACAGUUCAAGCUGACCAUCAAUGGCAAGAAUGCGAACGAGGAAACGCUACAAAGGUUGCUUUCGACAGCCAUGCAAGCGAUCGAACAAACACCCCCCGAAGUCACCGUUGGCUAUACCCAGGCGCUCGAGCUGAUCGAAGGCGAUACGUUUAUGCUGGAUUGCCGUAUUGAGUCCCCGUUUCCGGUGCUAGGAGCAUGGACGCAAGGAAAUAAGCAGUUGAUAGAGCGAAUAUUUGAACAAUCGAAUGUAUUAUCCCUACGGCUGGUCAACGUGUCCACAGCAGAUGCUGGUAACUAUUCUUGCUUUGCCAAAAACAGUAUCGGUGAGGACAGAAAGACGAUCUUCGUACGAGUUGCUCCAUUGCAAACGCCCAAAUUGCGCCUACUGCCCAAGCACACAAUUGCCAUGGAACGGGAACCGUUUAUUGCGCUUCGCUGUAUUCUCGAGCAAACCCCGGACAGUGCGGCCAAAAUUCAUUGGACACAUAACUCCAAACCCCUGCCGAUAGCUAGCGGGAAAUCGUACCUAGAGCUAAUCGAUAUCGAUAAAAGCCACUCUGGCAAUUACACCUGUUACGCGGACAUCGGUGGACAGCGCGUAUCCAGCGAGCAGAGUACGGUAGCGGUUGAAUAUGCUCCGAAAAUUUCCAUUCCCAGUGUGACUCUGGUUCAAGAGUACGGUACGGAAGUUGCGCUUGAGUGUGCUAUCGAUGCAAUGCCUUUCCCAGACUAUCAGUGGUACUAUCAAACGCUAGAUCAAACCGAUGCACCACAGGUGUACGAAAGCACCGACAGCUCGAUAACCUUUACAAUGACUCCGGAUCGAUCUGGAUUGUACGUGUGCGAGGGUAAAAAUACGUACGGAUUUGGCAAACAAACGUUUGUCGUGGAAGGCGCUGCGAACGUGGCUCCCAUCAUCCAGAAACCAGCAGAAACGACCAUCUACGUAGCUCCUGGUGCCUCCAUUACGCUCGACUGUGUGUGCGAGCUGUGUCAACCGCUCAACGAGUACAUCUGGACCAGCCAGCAGGGUUCGUUCGAAAGCAGUCCAGAGAAAACGAUCGACAACAUUCGCGUAGUGCUCGAUAACGAUCAAUCGCGCAAUGCCGUACGAUAUCGGCUCACGAUCGACAACUUCCAUGAGCAGAACGUGGCCAGCUACACCUGUAUCUUUUCCAAUCAGCACGGUGCCGAUGCUAUGAUCCUUCAGCUACGAAUGAUGGUCCCACCGGAGGUGGAUACGAUGAUGAUCGAUGGUGAAACGGUAACAUCCGGAACUAAGCUGUACAGAGCGGCGGGGCAAGUUAAUGGACUGAGUUGUGAGGUAGUGGGACUACCAGAACCCACUGUACAGUGGCAUUUGAAUGGCAAAUUACUCACUGCCGAUAACAGUGAGCUUUUGCAGUUCGAAAAUGAUAACAAAACUAUUCUCUUUAAAGAGCCCUUCGGAGAGACUGUUCAGGGUAGCUACGAAUGUAGCGCUACCAAUCCUCUUGGACGUGUGUCAUCUAUGGUGGAGCUUAUGCUAGGCGAAACCCCAACAACUUCUGUAACUGGCAAAAGAUUUAAGGAAAAAGUUGGAGAGUCAAUUACACUCGAAUGUACGAUCACAGGAAGCCCUCAACCGGCAAUCCGCUGGGAACCGGAACACUCCUUUAAGGAUCCCACUCUGAGCCAGCAAACGGUACAAGUGUCUUAUGAAAAUGCAGGACUCUAUCAAUGUACGGGCACGAACGAGUUUGGUACAGAGAAGCAAAGCUUUACCAUGGAAGCGUAUGGUCCUCCGGAGGUAACGGGUCCACUAGAUCUUUCGGUGCAGUACGGUGCCAAUCAGGACGUGUUAUUAGAAUGUACCGGAUGGGGACUCCCGGAACCAACAAUUCAGUGGAAAUUUAACGACGCACCACUCGAAUCAACUCCAAAUAUCCAGAUUUCGAAUGAAGGACUUCGUGUGCUCAACAUAUCAUAUGCGCAAGCGGGUAUCUACAGCUGCGUGCUCGAGAACGAACAUGGAUCGUUGCAAAAAGUUCACUACGUUACCGUGCGUGAUGCACCAAAAAUAACUUCCUCACUAGAGCCACAUCUGACGCUGCUACCAAAUGAUACGGCUCGCUUCGAAUGUUCCGGUACCGGAAGUCCACCACCCAAAGCCUCUUGGCUAUUCAACGGAACGACACUCGUCAGCGAACAAUCACUUUACCUCUCGUACAGUAACGCAUCCACUGGCACCUAUACCUGCCAGCUCGAAAGCUCCGAAGGAACCGAUCGACAGCAUAUGUUCGUCAAUGUAGUACAACCACCGCACCGAGUUGGUGGGACGAAUUUUACCAACAGUCUUACAUCGCUAAAAGUACGUGCCGACGAUAAGCUAGUGCUAGAGUGUCCGUUCGAAAACUUUAACAGCCUUCUGUGGCAGCUAAACGAACGCAAUCUGGAAGAAUACUUCGAUCUUACGGAUGUAAAGCUGAAGGAAAACAUGCUCAUCAUUGAUCGUAUACGCUCGCGACAUCAAGGCACGUACACGUGCGUGGUGAAGAAUCGUGCCGGAUCCGAUCGACAAUCGUUUGUGGUUGGUGUGUUAACGCCACCAACCAUCCACCGGACACAUCCGGAAGAGUUGAGCGACGAGUAUGGUACUGUGGUGGAUAAUGAGUGGGACAGUUACUGGAGGCCGGACAGACCAGUCGAUAGUGCGGUGGAAGUAAAUCUGCUCUCCGGUGAAACGUUACAACUACUGUGCCAAGCAAGUGGAUCACCAGAGCCGAGCGUGUACUGGAACCGUGGUGCCGAUAUGGCAAGGAUCGUAUCGCAAACGCCCAAUCUUACCAUUCCGAAUGUUGGCAUUCAUCAUAGUGAUCUGUACACGUGUGUGGCGGAGAAUGAGCUUGGCAAAUCGACACAGGUCUAUCGGUUGGAUGUUAUGACAGCGCCACAGUUUUAUGACGAACCGGUACAAUCGAUCGAAGUGUUCAUCGGUGAUGAUCUUCAGCUGGACUGUGAGAUGCAGUCCAAUCCUCCCGCUUCCUAUCAGUGGCUAAAGGAAGAUACUGCCAUCGAAGAAUUCAAUACGAUCCUAGAAUUUAUCAACAUUCAACCUCAGGACACGGGAAUGUACCACUGCGAGGCGGAGAAUAUUUUCGGGCAAACCAAAAAAUCCUUCAAAGUGUUGGUGUACCAACCGGCGGAAAUAACGAUCUUCUCCUCAAAUCAAACGCUCCUCGCGGGCAACACCAUUGAGCUAGACUGUGAGGCAGUCGGCAAUCCCAUCCCGGUCGUCAGCAUCAUCCACCGGGGCGAGGUGUUGGCCUCCACGGCCGAUCUCGAUGCAUCGGCCAUGGAAAUCGAUCAACAGUAUCGGGUAAAGAACAAUUUCUACAAAAGUUUCCAGCUGUACAGCUUUUUUGCCGUUCGUACUUCACCGUUCGAAAUUCGUUUCGCCCUACGCCAACCGAGCGCCACCCUGCUGGACAAGGGCAAAUAUUUGUGCAUGGCACAGAAUGCAAUCGGGUUCGAUGAGCGGCUCGCACGGCUAGACAUUAUGGUGGCACCGUACGUGCAGAAGGAUAAGCUUAAAACGGUUGACCAAACUGUGCGUCUGCUGGAAGGAUUGCCUUUGUUCCUGUUUUGUCCGAUCGAAGGCACACCGAAACCAACGAUCGGAUGGUACCGGAAUGGUAAUCGGCUGAAGAGUACGGUCAGCACUUUAUUCUUACCAUCGGUACAGAUGCGCGAUGCUGGGACGUAUGUUUGCUUCGGUGAAAAUCCAGUCGGCAAGACGGAACUGCAGUUCGAGGUGGACGUACUGGUUCCGCCAUCGAUCAUCAGCAGUGUACUGUACGGUGAAAGCUACCUGUCUGCCGAUCAACCGGAUCAGGAAGAAAUUUCACUCCUGGCGGGCGAUAAUGUUACGCUGGACUGUUCGAGCCUUGGCCACCCCGUGCCGGAGGUGUACUGGAUGAAGGUGGACUAUUUGGACGAGCGGCAAAAUGUGUUGCUCCCCACACGGGACCCAUUCCUCGAGCUGUACGACAUCAGCAAUACCGCCACGUACUCGUGCUUUGUUAACAAUACGGCCGGAUCGGCACAGAAACUGUUUCAUCUAGUUGUGCAAGCGUCUCCGAGAUGGAAAUCCGGUCCGGAGUAUGAGUAUGAACAGCGGGUUUCGUUACAUCAUAGUCUGGAUUUGAACUGUGAAACGAACGGUUCACCGGAAGCAUCCGUUUCGUGGAUAAAAGAUGGCAUUCAGCUGGGUAAAAACGACGAUGGCUUUUUCUUCGGUGUGAAUGGACAAACGUUACGAUUGCUGGCGGCCAAGCUGACGGAUGCAGGUACCUAUCAGUGUGAGGCAAGCAACGCACUCGGUCAGAUCAGCCGAGAGUUUCACGUGACGAUCGAUGUUCCAGUAAGUUGGUCCCCGUGGGGUGCUUGGUCUGCGUGUAGCGCUACUUGCGGAUCCGGUACCCAGUUCCGAUCGCGCAUCUGUCUGUUGGUCAAUGGAUCGCCUGCCCACGGCGAACGGUUCAACUGUGUCGGUGAAAAUGUCGAGAUUAAACCCUGCGAAUUGCUACCCUGUCCUGUGAACGGUGGAUGGGGCAAAUGGAGUAACUGGAGCAACUGUACGCUUGCCUGCGUCUCCGAGUACAGCGGUGUCCGUUCGGUACGCCACCGAAGUCGAGCUUGCGAUUCACCGACCCCUGCACUUGGCGGUAAAAUGUGUAUCGGCGAAGAGUACGAAGAGGAACCAUGCACCGUCAAGUACUGUCCAAUCGAUGGCGGAUGGACGCGUUGGUCCAACUGGACCGCUUGCAGUGGGUCCUGUGGAAUAGGGCACAGUUUACGUUUGAGAAGCUGCUCCAAUCCCACACCACGCCACGGUGGUCGUCCGUGUGAUGGUUCAGAGCAUGAGGUGAAAACUUGCAAAUUACAUGAAUGCCGCCUGGACGGUGGUUGGUCCGAAUGGACCGAAUGGUCACCGUGCAGUAAACCGUGUGGCGAGGGCGUUACAACCCGCAAACGCUACUGUAACAAUCCUGUCCCGAAAGCGGGCGGUAAUAGAUGUAUGGGAGCAAACUUUGAGCAGGCUCGAUGUUUCACGAAAAAGUGUCGCAAUGAUGCACUGGUGCGAACGGGCAAUACGAAGAAACUGUUAACGCCCUAUGUGUCGUACGAAUCAAACAACCCAGCCGGUUACACACGAUCGAACGAAGUCGAUAGUGCGGAGUACGAGGAUCCAGACUCGGGACACCAAGAUCAGGAUGUUACGGUAAUUCGCAACUAUCAGUACGCUGAGGCACCUCCGUUGGAGUAUGUCGACGUUUCCGCUCCCGAUAAGAUGAGUAUUACGGUCAAGUUGUUGAACUCGGUGCGUCUGUCGAAUGACACAGCAGGGUUUAGCCUCAACUUUGGCAAUCCAACAAACGCCCUACAGGCCGCUGUAACCUGCACGGAAGGAUACGUGUACAAUGCGCUACACGGUGGUUGUAGCGAUGUGGACGAAUGUGCGGACAGUCGCGUGUGUGCCCUGGUUGGACAGUACUGCAUCAAUACGUUGGGUAGUUACGAGUGUGGCUGCAUUGCCGGCUACCGCCCACUGACUUCCCAAACCGAACGGUACGAUGGUACGAUCGUACAGGACAUGCAGUGUGUCGAUAUAAACGAGUGUCGCGAAAAAAUGCACGAAUGUUCGCACUAUUGUUCAAAUGUCCCGGGCAGCUAUGAAUGCUACUGUCCCGAUCGGUACCUUCUCGCCAAGGAUGGUAAAACGUGCACGAUCAAGCGAAAACGCAACGAACCGGUACGCAUAAUGCCCCGAUGCCGGGAAGGCUAUCGGUGGGAGGAUGGCCAGUGUCAGGACAUUGACGAGUGUGCCCUACAAGCGGACGAAUGUGGUGAAGCAUUUGCCUGUGUAAACACACGUGGUGGAUACCUGUGCGUACCGACCGACUGUCCGCCAGAGUAUGAGCUGGACGAGGAGGGUGAGCUGUGCACGCUGAACUGUACGCACGGUCCGCCGCUUUGUGCCGAAGGGGCCACCGUUGGGCAAACGGUUUCACACACGAUCAUCACACUUGAUCGCUUCCUUCCAAAGCAACCACUUGCUGUUGUAUCGAUUCCUGCCGUGCAGCAUUUGGCCGGGAUGGAGUACGAUACCCGGUUCGCUUUCCGUGGUCGACGGUAUGGACACAUUUUUGCGCUGGAAACGAUGCGCAAAACAACCGGUGCGGUACGUGUGUACGCAAACUCUAAUCUCCAACGUGGCAAGCUGUACAAGCUAAACUUGGUGGCCAAAUCUUCACGCAGGCGGCGUCUGGAGUUUGUACAUCUUUUUGUAAUUCACGUGUACUGGAUCGAAUAA